AUCAACACACUCAGGUUCCCCAGUCACAAUUUAUCUUGCACAACCAACUUGCUUCGCCAUCAGACUUCAUUGCAAUAAGCAAAAGCGCCAGGAAACAAGUCGGAUUAUCGACCAGAGAAGAGUGUAUGCAAGGUUAUUCAUUACUCAAAUGGUUAAAUCCACCGAGUUUAGCUCCAGUUCCUAGAAAGGCCAGAGAGUGAGUGGAGGAGGCAGAGGAGGAAGAAAGAUGACGAUUGAAUAGGAAAACUACUUCCUUGCCAGACCUUUUCCCAUCGCGCCCCCUGGAGGUGGAUGGCGGAGUUGGUUUGUUCUACGACCUUUGCAGAAAAGGGGGUUCGCGUUGGAGCCUUUUAACAGAUCUCCCCACCCCCAGCUGCAGUUAGCAGGGUUUGCAUUGCAAAAGGCUGCAAGGAGAGGUGAGCGUGGAGGGAAAGGAAGGGGGUUUAAAGGGGAGCCUAGUAAGUUCCAGAGAAUGGACAGCAGGAGCCCAAGAGCUGGUUGCGCAAGAAGGGAGAGAGACUGAAGAAGAGGAAGAAAAAAGAUCCGUUGUGUGUUCAGAUACUCUGGUUUCGUCGAUUAUCUGGCAUUUCACCCUGGCAGGUUAUGGACGGGUGUGUGAGAAUAUGACGGAAGAAGCUUCAGGAACAAGUGGAUCUGGGAAAGAUUUGAGUGAAGCUGCUCCCAGAGGAUUGUUUGGAUGUGAAGAAAGUGAAAGUUCAUGAUUAUGGUGCCCUAAAGCCAUGUGCUGAUGUCAAAGGCAGCUUCCAACAGAGCUGAAAUCAUAAACACCAAAUAAUGCAUACAGGAGAGGAUAAAUAUAAGUGUUCAGAAUGUGGGAAAACCUUCCGCCGGAGCACCAACCUUCUUGUACAUGAAAGAACCCAUACCGGAGAGAAACCAUACGAGUGCUCCAACUGUGGGAGAAGCUUCACCCACAGCUCAAAUCUUAGGGCACAUGAAAAAAUCCACACGAGAGAAAAGCCGUAUGCAUGCACAGACUGUGGCCAGACCUUCUAUCACAGCUCGAGCCUUACAGCGCAUGAGAGAAUCCACACAGGGGAGAAUGUACACAGGUGCCCACACUGUGAGAAGGUCUUCACUCGUGGCUCAGUUUUUAGGAAACACAUGAGAAUCCAUACAGGUGAGAAACCAUUCAAGUGCUCAGACUGUGGGAAAAGUUUCUCUCAGAGGUGCAAUCUAAUUAUCCACGGGAAGACCCACACAGGAGAGAGACCCUUUAAGUGCUCCGAUUGCGGGAGAAACUUCAGUCGAAAAUGUGACCUCAUCGCACACGAGAGAAUCCACACGGAAGAGGACCCAUACAAGUGUCCGCACUGCGGGAAAAGCUUCUCUCAGAAGUCCAACCUUGUCAUACAUGAGAGGAUCCAUACAGAUGAGAAUCCAUAUCCAUGUCUGCACUGUGGGAAACGCUUCCGUCAGAAGGGCAACCUCAUGACGCACGUGCGGAUCCACACAGGAGAGAAGCCGUACCAGUGUCUGGAUUGCGGGAGGAGAUUCAGUCAGAAGGGCAGCCUCACAUCACAUGAGAAAACCCAUUCAAGAGAGAAAAGGACAUCUUGCAUGCAGGAAGUGAGGACUUGAUAUUUUCCAGCCUCAGGUGGAAGUAUACCUGAUUUAGUUUUUUGGCUUGGGAGAGCCCUGGUAGUUCCUCAAAACCUUACUAAGGGAUCUCUCAGUGCAAAGAUCAAUAGGGGCAAACAUGCUUCCCUGAAAGAUGGAUUGCCCACUAAUAUUGAUCAUCCUCAACACAUAGCUCUCGAUCUACCAGGCUUGUCUUGUUCUUAUGCACCACAAACCCUGCCCCUAAAAAGAUGAAACCCUAGUUAUUGUGGCUGGAGAAAUACAGGACUGUGAAACCAGCUAGGAACAGUUAGAAGUAGUAACAUUACUCAGCAGCACUCAAGCUUUAAUACAUCUGUCAUGAGUUUUAAAAAGAAAAGGCAUUUGGGGGGGGUUACUUAAAA